GCUGUAUCCUUGCACACCUUCAUGCUCAGAGCAGUGGUUCCACCUGUGCCUCAGAUGUGAGGAAAGCCCUGGUGUGCAGGUCACAGAGCCCUUAGUGUGUCAGUGAUUUUUUUAAUGGCACCCCUAGGCCAAAGGAAGUACCUAGCAGUUCUUUUUAUUGAGUAGUUAGAUUCAGACAAGUUAGUAUUUAUGUUCUAACAACUUGAAUGUUUGAAAAAAUAGUAUGAUAAAAUGAAAGGAAAACUAAAAUUUUCAUUGCAGUCUUAAUCACAGUUACUCCCUGGUUGGGUGUGUGUGCCUCUUGGGCCAUGCCCAGCUCCCAGACUGGAGGCAGCACCCUCAUUUCCUAUCCACAUUGAUUUUUGGGCAGUGGCUGUUGUUUUUUACAGCGCCGUGGAAAACCCAGUUGACAUUGAUGUGACAGCAGCAGAAGGGAUGACCACGCACAGUCUCGUGCAGACUAGGGCCUGCCCAGAGCUAGCAGUUCAUGCAGCGUGUGGCAGAUGCAACUUGUUUCCUUUGAAAAUUUAAAAUGCUCCACAGUGAGCACAUUGGGCACCUCAGCACAUGUUUAUGAACCACACAGUUCUAGCGGGCUGCAGUCCGGACCCCAACCCGUGCUUCCACCACCAGGGAAACUCCACUCUUAACCUUUUUGUAUGUUAGGAUUCCUUUUAUGAAACCAAUUGGAAAAAGAAAAAGGAUUCUGCCAUUUAAAAAAAAAAGUAUGAGAACGACUGAGGCAGAAGAAGUGUUAAAGUACGAAGCUGUGGUAGGAACCUGGCUAUCUUUACAUUCAUUUUUUUUCACUUUAUGUUUUGAAGAAGAAAGAAGAUUGGAUAUAGAUGAAAAACCCCUAGUUGUGCAAUUGAAUUGGAAUAAAGAUGAUCGAGAGGGCAGAUUUGUUCUUAAGAAUGAGAAUGAUGCCAUUCCUCCUAAGAAGGCUCAAAGUAAUGGACCUGAAAAGCAGGAAAAAGAAGGUGUUAUCCAGAACUUCAAGAGAACUCUCUCAAAGAAAGAAAAGAAGGAAAAAAAGAAGAGAGAAAAAGAAGCAGUGAGACAGGCAUCUGAUAAAGAGGAUAGACCUUUCCAAGGGGAUGACAUUGAGAAUUCUCGACUGGCUGCCGAGGUUUACAAAGACAUGCCUGAAACCAGCUUUACCCGAACAAUUUCGAAUCCUGAGGUGGUUAUGAAACGACGGAGGCAGCAAAAGCUGGAAAAGAGAAUGCAGGAAUUUCGGAGCUCAGAUGGGCGACCUGAUUCAGGUGGAACACUGAGAAUUUAUGCAGAUAGUUUAAAACCAAAUAUUCCCUACAAGACAAUCCUGCUGUCUACUACAGACCCUGCAGACUUUGCUGUGGCUGAAGCUUUGGAGAAGUAUGGUCUGGAAAAAGAAAACCCUCAGGAUUACUGCAUUGCCCGGGUUAUGCUUCCUCCUGGAGCCCAGCAUUCUGAUGAAAAAGGUGCUAAAGAAAUUAUCCUUGAUGAUGAUGAGUGUCCUUUACAAAUCUUCAGGGAAUGGCCAAGUGACAAAGGGAUUUUAGUCUUUCAGUUGAAGAGGAGGCCACCAGACUAUAUCCCAAAGAAAACUAAGAAACACAGCGAUGGGAAGCCAGUGAAGGGAAAGGAGAGAGCUGAUGGGUCUGGCUAUGGCUCGGCACUUCCACCUGAAAAACUGCCCUAUCUGGUAGAGUUAAGCCCAGAUGGUUCUGACUCCAGAGAUAAGCCAAAGCUUUACCGCCUUCAGUUAAGUGUUACUGAGGUUGGGACAGAAAAGUUCGAUGACAACUCUAUCCAGUUGUUUGGUUCAGGAAUUCAGCCCCAUCACUGUGACCUCACGAACAUGGACGGAGUUGUCACUGUCACACCAAGAAGUAUGGAUGCUGAGACUUACGUGGAAGGACAGCGCAUCUCAGAGACAACCAUGCUGCAGAGCGGGAUGAAAGUGCAGUUCGGGGCGUCUCACGUGUUUAAGUUUGUGGACCCCAGCCAGGACCAUGCUCUCACAAAAAGACCUGUGGACGGAGGCGUGACGGUUAAGGGUCCCAGACAUAAACCUGGAGUUGUUCAGGAGACAACUUUUGAUUUAGGAGGAGAUGUUCAUAGUGGAACAGCAUUACCAACAAGCAAGAGUACCACAAGACUGGACAGUGACAGAGUACCGUCUGCCUCCAGCACAGCGGAGCGAGGGAUGGUGAAGCCAAUGAUCAGAGAACAGCAGCAGGAUUAUCGCAGGCAAGAAAGCAGAACUCAGGAUGUUCCUGGGCCUGAACUGAUAUUGCCUGCAAGCAUUGAAUUCAGGGAAAGUUCUGAAGAUUCCUUUUUAUCUGCCAUUAUCAAUUAUACCAAUAGCUCUACAGUCCAUUUUAAAUUGUCCCCUACGUAUGUAUUAUAUAUGGCCUGUCGGUAUGUAUUGUCAAGCCAGUACAGACCUGAUGUCAGUCCUACAGAACGUACGCAUAAGGUGAUUGCAAUAGUCAACAAGAUGGUGAGCAUGAUGGAAGGAGUGAUCCAGAAACAGAAGAAUAUUGCAGGGGCUCUUGCUUUCUGGAUGGCAAAUGCGUCUGAACUUCUCAACUUCAUCAAGCAGGACCGAGAUCUCAGUCGAAUCACACUGGAUGCCCAAGACGUUUUAGCACACUUGGUUCAAAUGGCGUUUAAGUAUCUGGUUCACUGUCUUCAAUCAGAACUGAAUAAUUACAUGCCAGCCUUUCUGGAUGACCCUGAAGAGAACAGUCUGCAAAGACCAAAAAUAGAUGAUGUUUUGCACACACUCACGGGAGCGAUGUCUUUGCUGCGGCGCUGCAGAGUCAAUGCUGCCCUGACCAUCCAGCUCUUCUCGCAGCUCUUCCAUUUUAUCAAUAUGUGGCUCUUCAACAGAUUGGUAACUGACCCUGAGUCAGGACUGUGCUCUCACUACUGGGGAGCUAUCAUCCGCCAGCAGCUAGGACACGUUGAAGCGUGGGCAGAGAAGCAGGGAUUAGAGCUGGCAGCCGAUUGCCACCUCAGCAGGAUAGUGCAGGCAACCACUUUACUUACAAUGGAUAAGUAUGCACCUGAUGACAUUCCAAAUAUAAACAGCACUUGCUUUAAGUUAAAUUCACUGCAGCUUCAAGCCUUACUACAGAAUUAUCACUGUGCACCCGACGAGCCUUUUAUCCCCGCGGAUCUGAUAGAAAACGUAGUGGCUAUGGCUGAAAAUACAGCUGAUGAACUGGCACGCAGUGAUGGGAGGGAAGUACAGCUGGAAGAGGACCCUGAUCUGCAGCUGCCUUUUCUUUUGCCAGAAGACGGCUAUUCUUGUGACGUUGUCAGAAACAUUCCAAAUGGUUUGCAAGAAUUUUUAGACCCUUUGUGCCAGAGAGGAUUUUGCAGGUUAAUUCCUCAUGCACGUUCACCAGGUACUUGGACAAUAUAUUUUGAAGGUGCAGAUUAUGAAAGUCACCUUAUGCGUGAGAACACAGAACUGGCUCAACCUCUGAGGAAAGAACCUGAAAUAAUCACUGUGACCCUAAAAAAGCAGAAUGGAAUGGGCCUUAGCAUUGUUGCAGCAAAGGGCGCUGGUCAGGAUAAACUUGGAAUCUAUGUCAAGUCUGUUGUGAAAGGAGGUGCUGCAGAUGUGGACGGACGACUAGCUGCAGGUGACCAGCUGCUCAGUGUAGAUGGACGAAGUCUGGUAGGACUCUCUCAAGAAAGGGCAGCAGAACUCAUGACAAGAACAAGUUCCGUGGUAACACUAGAAGUAGCAAAGCAAGGAGCGAUUUAUCACGGUCUUGCUACCCUGCUCAAUCAGCCGUCCCCAAUGAUGCAAAGAAUUUCAGAUCGUCGUGGCUCAGGUAAACCCCGACCAAAGAGUGAAGGUUUUGAGCUCUAUAAUAAUUCAGCUCAAAAUGGGUCACCUGAGAGCCCUCAGCUGCCGUGGGCAGAAUAUAGUGAACCAAAGAAAUUACCUGGCGAUGACAGACUAAUGAAGAACAGAGCUGAUCACCGCUCCAGCCCCAACGUAGCAAAUCAGCCUCCUAGUCCUGGAGGGAAAAGUGCAUAUGCCCCUGGAACGACAGCUAAGAUCACGUCUGUCUCUACUGGGAACCUCUGCAGUGAGGAACAGACCCCUCCACCUAGACCUGAAGCCUACCCCAUCCCCACUCAGACGUACACUAGAGAGUAUUUCACCUUCCCGGCUUCCAAAUCCCAGGACCGGAUGGCUCCUCCUCAAAACCAGUGGCCGGAUUAUGAGGAAAAGCCGCACGUGCACACCGACAGUGAUCACUCCAGUGUUGCAGCUCAGCGUGUUACCCGUUCCCAAGAGGAACUUCGGGAAGAUAAAGCUUAUCACCUCGAGCGGCAUCAAAUGGAGGCAGUUAUGGAUCGCAAGGCUGAUAGUGAGAUGUGGAUAAAUCAGAGCUCGUCCAUGGGCUCUAGUACCUCCAGCCAAGAGCACCUGGACCACUCCUCCAAGGCGGGCACCCCUGCUUCCACUCUGACCAAAAGUGGCCCUGGGCGCUGGAAGACACCAGCGGCUGUGCAGCCCAUGCCAGUGGCUGUCUCCCAGCCUAUUCGAACAGACCUGCCCCCACCACCCCCUCCGCCUCCUGUCCACUAUGCCAGUGAUUUUGACGGAAUUCCCAUGGAUUUGCCUCUCCCACCCCCUCCUUCUGCCAGUCAGAUAGGACCUCAGCCUGCUCAGAUGGCUGCUGCAGAACGGAAGAAGAGAGAAGAACAUCAGCGGUGGUAUGAGAAGGAAAAGGCCCGUCUAGAGGAGGAGCGGGAGAGAAAACGGAGGGAGCAGGAGAGAAAACUGGGCCAGAUGCGCACCCAAGCAUUAAACCCCACUCAGUUUCCGCCUCUGACCGCCCAACAGAUGAAGCCGGAGAAGCCUUCCACACUCCAGAGGCCCCAGGAAACAGUCAUUCGGGAACUACAGCCCCAGCAGCAGCCCCGCACGAUUGAGCGCAGAGACUUACAGUACAUCACAAUCAGCAAAGAGGAGCUCUCCUCAGGGGACAGUCUGUCUCCAGACCCGUGGAAGCGGGACGCCAAGGAGAAGCUUGAGAAGCAGCAGCAGAUGCACAUUGUGGAUAUGCUGAGCAAAGAGAUCCAAGAACUGCAGAGCAAGCCUGACCGCACCGCCGAGGAGAACGACCGCCUGCGGAAACUCAUGCUGGAGUGGCAGUUCCAGAAGAGACUCCAGGAGUCUAAGCAGAAGGACGAGGACGAUGAGGAAGAGGAAGACGACGAUGUGGACACCAUGCUGAUCAUGCAGCGCCUCGAAGCCGAGCGAAGAGCACGGUUACAGGAUGAGGAGCGGAGACGGCAACAGCAGCUAGAAGAGAUGCGUAAGCGGGAAGCAGAAGACCGAGCCAGACAGGAGGAAGAGCGACGCCGCCAGGAGGAGGAACGAAUAAAACGGGAUGCUGAAGAAAAGAGGCGACAGGAAGAAGGGUAUUACAGCCGCCUGGAAGCCGAAAGGCGCAGACAGCACGACGAGGCCGAGCGCAGGUUGCUGGAGCCUGAGGAGCCGGGUCUGUGCAGACCUCCGCUUCCACGGGGCUACGAGCUCCCAUCCCCGUCCCCUCCGGCUAACGCUCCUCCUCCCCCACCUCAGCGAACCGCCUCUUACCUCCAGACGCAGGUCCUCUCCCCCGACUCUCUGUACACCGCCAAGUUUGUUGCAUACAACGAGGAGGAGGAGGAGGAGGAGGAGGAGCACUGCAGUCUAGCAGGUCAGGAUAAGUACUCCAGCACGAGAAAGUCUCACGGGGACCUUCCUCCUGCCGCCCUUAAGCCACAGCAGCCCCCCUGCCAGCCACGCCCGGCCUCCGAUGGCAUCUUUCUCUCCAACUCAUUCCAGCCACCCUCUGCCAGUGCCAACAGUACUGCUCAUAAAGCAGGCCUGCCCCCACCCCCUCCAAAAAAACCAGGCUUCUACCAUCCCAGCCACUCCAAAGGUAGAGGACCAAACUCUUACAUGGGAUCUACUGGGACAGUUAUCGGUGCCCAUGAUGUUUAUCGGGAUUCAAGAGAGAAACUGUCUAAAAGCCAAGAUGCAGAUUUACCUGGAAGUUCUGGAGCCCCUGAAAACUUGACGUUCAAAGAGCGCCAGCGUCUUUUUUCACAAGGUCAAGAUGUGUCCAAUAAAGUAAAAGCCUCUCGUAAAUUAACAGAACUGGAAAACGAACUGAACACAAAAUGAGAAAAAGGAAAAGGGCACCUUGUAUUUACCCCAAAGUCUUCUCAGUUGUGCUUUGUAGGUAUGAGCUUGAUUGAAGAGGAAAGAGGAGGUUAGAUUUCUAAGUCACUUAUGAUUUCUGUUUCUAAAAUGGUUGGGAUUUAGGGAUGUUCCAAUUCCAAGAAAUUCUAUUUUAUUUUACCAAGAGAUUGUCAUUUAUACAAUUUAAGUACUAAUUUCUUAAUUCUCUGGCUCACAUAAAGAUAACUUUUUUGUUAGUUUCUUUUUUAGAGUCUGAGUUUGAAAGGGGACAGAAGGAAGGGCAGUAGAAGAUAAUGAGAUGUUUCUUCUCCCCUAUUUUCACCAAGGAGCACAAUGUUUUAUUUCUGUUUUUUCAAAAACUUUAUUUUAGCUAUUACACAGAGAAUAGCUUGAACUACCCAGACUAUUGUUUGCACUAUUUAGUAGCAACCACAGACUGUUCUACGGACGAGUCAGGUCUUACCUUCCAGGAGAGAGAAGGUGUGAACACGUGCUGUUCGUAUGUUGAGCCCACAGCUAACGUGGUAGCCUUUCUAGUCUGUUCUGUGCAGUCACGAUGCUGGAAGAUGACGCACGUUGGAGACUUGUUCCAUCUCUUUCCUUGCAGGUACAAGCCCGCCUGAUCAAUUCUAAAUAUUUGAUUUAAGAGAAUUUCUCCAAGAAGAACAUUUUGAGGAUUUAAGCUUAGGAAAUUUUAUUUUUAUGAAUAUCAGGUUAUUGUUAGACUAAUAAAUCAUUGGUGAUUUUGAAGAUGCAGUUAAGUUAGAAAGUUAACUAAAUAUUUUAGAUAUUCCAAGGGAGUCUGUAAAAGAGGAUCUCUUUAGCUGAACAGUGUUGCUGUGAACAGGAACAAAAACACCUGAGGAGAACGGGAGAUGAACAGGUGACACUCGCGCACAGCUGCUGCUUAGAAAUUUUAAAUCUGAAAAACAAAUAGAUUUACAUGGAUAUGCUGUCAGGGAAAGGAAGGAGUUCAAUUGCAUAUGGCAUCUGUAAUUUAAAUAUUGUAAGAAUAACUCGUAUGGCAGUUCAAGCUAUUUUUUUACACUCUAUUAAUAGAGUUAUUUAAUUUUCAUUUGUUGAAUUAUUACUUACACUGUCAUUUCUUCAGCUAUGAAUAUGUAGCUGAUAUUGGGGAGACGGACCUCACUUUGUUUAUAUUGUGUGAUGUUAAAAUGGUAAAUUACUUUGUGAUUAUGAGCAAAUUUUCUAUUUGACAAAGCCCUGCUGUGGGGUUUAGAUGAUUUUUCUGUACCAUAUUGUUCUCUUACAAAUAUGUACAUUCAGAAAAUACGCACACUUUCAAAUAGAAGAGGGAGAGGCUUUCUAGCCUAGAAAUCACUUUAAUGCAAGUUGUAUGAUAAAUCAUUAAAAUGCGAGUGUAAAUAUUUUUGUGUCAAUCAGGGUUCUUAUUUGGAAGUGUGCUUUUACUGUUUCCCUUGUUGAACUAAGGAGUAAAAUGGUUCUAAGUGUUUAGGAAGGACUGGCGUGCUUGCUCCGGAGGUGUGAGGAGAAGCAGCCUCCUCCCGAAUGUCUCGAGAACACUGGAGAACACUGGCAACCUUACGGGGACUAAUCCACACUUUCUUUAAGGAAAAGAGGCAGAUGAACUAGUCUGUUAAUAUAUAGAAAAACAAGAAAUACACAUAAGUACAUGCAAAUACAUGUAAAUAUCUACAUACAGGGAUAUUUGUGUGUGUGGUUGUAAACCCGUAAACAGGUGGAUUUGGCCAUCCUUGGACGAUUAGGUCAAAUGUGAAUAUGUGUGAAAGUGCUUUUCAUGACUGUGCAUUACUAUGGAAAAACAUCACAACUGCUGUAGUUUUCCAUUUCUACUGUAUUUCAUUUGCAACCUAUUUUUAAUAAACUUUGUAUGUAUUUAAGUGUAUUUACUAUUAUUUUAACAGUGCUGACAAAGAUUCUAUUUGUAAUAUCAGCCUUCCCAUCCCGUCUCCUGCCUGUCCACUGAUUCAUUAAACAUUCACUGAGUGUCA